UUUAUCGCAGCAAAAAGCCUUUUUUAACAUUAUGUUCAUAAAUCAGUGUCGCAGUUAAUUGUUAGUUAAAAGCAUUCACAUGCGCUUUGGAUAAAGAAAGAAGAUAUGUUAACUCGAGUUUACAAGUUGAGCUAAUAUGGUUUUCUAUUGCAUUAUUUGCGUUUACAUGGUCUUAUUCUUAGUGGAGGUCACUGCAACACCUAUUCAGCACACCUCAGACUUUAAAUUUGCAAAAUGCACGGAAGAUGAUUCAAACAAUAUCGAAUGUGAGCCAGCAGACCUGAAAGAAACAGAUAAUGACGAGUUAAUAAGUGAAUGGCCAUCUGGACCAUAUGUACUUCCAAUGUCAAUCCACGGAUGUCCGGAGUCAUGGAAACAAGGUUGGGAAGAAGGUGUUUUGUCAAUUACAUGGGCGUCACAACUCAAAGUAUUUACCCAAAACUCCUCGUCAUCUGCCAAUGAUCCUACAAAUGGAAGCAAAGCCAUAUUCCAUGAUGUUACAACAACAAAAUGGCCAGAGUUCCAAACCUACGUAUUUGGUCCGUUUGAUGAUAAGACAUUCAAACUAAAGUUUUGCUUUAAACGUGCAAGCACCCGUUUUAACGAUAAAAUAGAAUGGCCAGAGAAGGGAUUUAGCAUAUAUGGUACAAAUGAAACUUGUCCCAAAGGUUUUAUCCGGAAAUAUCUUAAUGUUAUUCUUCCUACAAUAUCAUACUGGUAUACAGAUGGAUAUACGCCCGAUAUUCAAAUAGAGCAAGAUACAAAUUCCGCAAACUUGAAAAUACUUCUGUGUUCGAGAAUGAAGUCUAAUGCGGUUGUGAAUAAUGGGGACUGGAAAGAAAUAAAUGCCUCUAACAGUUAUUUCAUAUUAAUGAAGCCCGAUGAGUCUGAUUGUCCACAUUUUAUUGAUACAACUGUUCAGGGGGAAAGUAUUUUCUUUGAAGAUAGUGUUCAGAAAAACUCGUCCAGUAACGUUUUAUUUGAAAACUACUGCUAUUAUCGACCAUUAAUUAGAAAAGAUGUUAUGGACAACAUAUUUGAGUCGAAUAACAUACAAGGUAAUGUCAAUUAA